AUGAAGGAAUCAGGUGACAAGCAAUGGGCCAAGGCUUACAUUCUUGAUCCAUUAAACGAUCCUGAACCCAAUCAAGACACCGGAAUCGGCGCAUCUCACAACCUUUCCGCUCAACUUCGCAAUCUAUCUCUUGAAAGCUCAAGCUCAAAAACAAGCAAAGACCGUUCUUCAGACAGCGAUCGCAAGCACAGAUCAAGCCAAAGACAUCGUCACGGCAGUUAUCCCACUCCGCCAACAUCUGCCAGCCCUACCCGCGACAGUUUCCACCCCUCGAACCCCUUCUCAGACGCGGCAGAUUCGCGCCGUCAAUCGUCAGUCCCGUCAGUGUCUGUGUCUCCUCCGAGCUCUCCUCCCAAUUCGUACGAGACUCGCCGUGACCCAUCUAGCAGCACCAUCAACCGUUCAGCUAGCGCUCGGGCUCCUCCACCACGCAACCGACCUCAACCUUCGCACAACCGCAGCUUUAGUGCCAGCAAUUGCGGAGUCUCACGCCAACGUUCUUUGAUUCAGCGAUACCCAGGCGACAUGUCUCACCGUCCUCUUGAUAUCCUUAGAAAGGAGGCUCGCGCAGCUGAUCGCGCGCCUCAUCUGCGACGCAAGCAACUGCCCAUGACUGACACCAUUGAUGCUCUGGAUACCAUUGGCGGUACAUACCAUCAUGGUGGUCCCUAUGAUGCCACUCUUGCAAGCCGCAACCGCAACAAGAAGUACUCGCCCGUUGCCGCCGUUGAGGACUCCACCCGAGAGGCUCUCCGCGCGACACCACGAGAGAACAUCCAGGACUCUCUCCAAAGAAAGAUGCCGCUUUCAGGUACUGCCGAUAUUCCAAGCGGCGACCGGGACUUCAGUGGUAACACCAUCAACUAUGAGGAGGGUGCCGAUCUCAUGAGAGAAUCCGACGCUGCUGGCGGAGCAUACAAGCGCUGGGAUGGAAUCAAAUACCACCCCGAUGAUCUCAAGGGCAAGGGAGAGCCCUCUUACACCUACGAGAAGGACCUCAAGGAGCACAAGCGCAACCGCCGCGGUGAGCCUGCCGAGUACGAACUCUCAUCGAACAUGAGAAGUAGCCAACGCCCACCUGUCGGCCAUAACCGCAGCUUCAGCGAGGAUCCACGAACAACCCCUGAGUACUCAAAUGGCACUGAUCUCCGUCGCAACAACUCAACAGGUCGUCAUCGCCUGAGCGAUGGCAUCCGACGACGUUUCGGCAGCAUGCGACGCAAGAGGGGUGAAGUCCAAUAA